AUGAAAACGUCUUUCGGCUUAAGUCGUAAGCUUUCAUCUUACGACAAGCGUGGGAGGGAGGACAUUGCCGAGGGUGGGCUGUUAGGAGCGGAGGCAUUGAUCGACCUUGGCCCACUCCCCGCGGGGGGCACUGGGGCGAGAUUCAACACCGUUCCCAUUCGAUUAAUUGAUGAUAUCUACAAAGAAGAAAGAACUUCGGGUUUGGUCAAAAUUAUACAAUCUCGUCCUUCUGACUUCUACCUUUCUCCUCACCAAACGGCUGCGAGGAAAAUCCAUCCUAACUCACGCUGCUUCUUUCCGGAAAUCUAUCCUGCAUAUCAUUCGCCUGAAUUCAAAGUUUUGCUCGUUAAAAUAUCUCCUCUUCAACAACCUUUCUUCGCCUACUCUGGUUAA